AUGUUUUUAAUAUUAUUUGCUUUAAUAUUAUAUUCAAAUGAAAUCAAAGAAACAUCAUCAUUAACAUAUUUGUUAACAUCUUAUUCAAUCGACUAUUUAAAUGAAAUCUUAAAUGACAUGAAGUUUCUUUCAUCAAUAGAAACAGAAAACUUUGAUUUUCAUGAAAGUGCAUGUCGAAUUAAAAAAAUUGAUGAUUUUUAUCAUCGAAUUAAAUUUGAUUAUAUUAAAAUAAUUAAUUUUAAUCCAUUUAUAAUGAAAAAAGUUCAUUAUAGAAUAAAUAGUAAUUAUAUUCUUGUUUCAAUUUUUAUUGAAAAUAUUAUGAAUAAUAAAACAAAAAAUAAAUGUUUUCAUAUUAAAAAGAUUUCUCAAUUCUAUUGUAAUAUUAAUUUUAAUUUUAGUCAUAAUCAAAUUCUGUUAUUUAAUAAUAAAUGUUUUAUUUUACCAGAUAGUUAUUGUACAAGAUAUCUUUUAGAAUUUAUUAUUUUAAAUCAAGAAGAUAAGUUUAUUGAUUAUUUAAAUGUAAAUUUUAACAAUUAUACUCGAUGUCAAUUAAAAAAUGCUACAUUGAUUUCAACUAGAAAAAAAUACAAAUUAACAACAAGUAUGUUAUUGUAG